AUGGGUAGUAGUGCGAGAGUUGAGCUUCGUUCUGUUGCUGUGUUGCUUCGUAUCUGCACAAGUCCAGUAGGGAUCUCUCAAGGGUGCCCUGAACCGAACACACCGGAAGUUGCCACGCAAAAGGUGAGAGGAGCGAAUGCCCAGCCAGUGCCACCCUUGUUGCUGCGGUUCUGGGUCAAGUCAAGUGGGAAGCAACCCGUCGUUGCAUCCCUCAUUUGCGACGAAUUGCGCGGCGCUGACCGGUCGGACGCCUGGCGCGACUUUGCAGGUCGCGCCAUUCAGUGUGCCAGUGCCAUUGCAAGUGGGAGCCGUGAUGCUGGCCGCGGCUUCCUUGACGUAGAGACAAGGUAG